AUGUCCAACGCUGAUCCUUACACCAAGAAAGCGGAACAGGCUGCUGAGGGCCUUACUCCGCAACAGAAGAUCGACGGCACGUUGUCUCUUAAGCACACAUCCGUCCCCGUUCUGAUGUCAUUACGUACAGGGCUGAAGCAGGUGCUCAAGUCGACAAAAUACUGCAUGUUCACAACCCGUUCGCCCGAGGGAGAGCUACAUGCGCGGUGCAUGGCCCCUGCGUCCACAAGACAGCCAGCUGAUGUCGGCUUAGCGGAGGGACUCAGGUUCUCCUUCAUCGCCAAUAAUGCAACGUUCAAGAUGGACGAGAUCGAGUUUGACAGUCAUGUGAAUGUCUCUUUCCUCGAUCCUAGCUCCACGUGUUGGGUAUCCGUCGCUGGCAAGGCUCAGAUCACCAAUGAUAGGGAAACGAUCAAGUCCCUCUGGUCUCCGCUCGUCGCAGCUUGGUUCGGCGACCUCGGUGACGGAGUGCACAAAGGCGACGCCUCCGACCCGCGUGUGUCCGCCAUCCAGGUCGUUCCCGACAGCAUCAGGUACUGGUACGCGCAGCGUUCUUCGCUCGGACAGAUGACGGAGAUCGUCACGAGUGCGAUGACGGGUGGGACUGCUGCCCCUGGACAGCUGAGGACGAUCACGAAAGCCGAGAUUCAGCUUGUCGAAGGGCUUAAUACGGCCUGA